AUGGCUGCUCUCAAGACCACCCUCGUCCUGCUCCUCAUUGCCUUCGCCAUGUUGGCCUCCGUCGGCGCCGUCCGUGUGGGCCCCUGCGACCAGGUCUGCUCUCGCAUCGACGCUGAGAAGGACGAGUGCUGCAGAGCUCACGGGCACAGCGGGUACAGCAGCUGCCGAGGAGAGUUGUUGGUGUCAUCAUCAGUAACAGUACAUUCUACCGGCUUGGCAGCUGCUGUACCCUUUGUGCCCGUGAGCUCUGCAGCACUCGUCCUUCUCAGCGUCGAAGAGGCGAUGAGAGCAGACCUGGUCGCAGGGGCCCACACGGACGGCGCCGACGGAGGCCAACAUGGCGAAGGCAAUGAGGAGCAGGACGAGGGUGGUCUUGAGAGCAGCCAUUGUACUGGAGUACUUGAUGUCGAGAGACGAUUGCAGCGAGACGAAGAUGUGUUAACUGUGAAGCUAUACCACUGUCGCUCCGCAUUUAUACUCGGAGUCUGA